UCAGAGUUGUUGAAGCACCAUCAUGGCCUCACUUGGCAGAGUUCUGUCUGUGAUGAAUGCUGCUGCUGGUACAAUAACAUGUGGUUUUGAUCAUCAGUGGGCACAGGCAGUGGUCUGUUCUGCUCAUUUUAAAUAUCAAGUGUGCAGGUUUGCUACCUUGCGGCUCUCGGCUCUUCAUCUGCUGCGAGCCCCACCAGCUCCAGUCGCCACCUAUGUGCCCGGUCGCGUGACCCGGUCCCGGCGCCGCCCCCUCACCGGCUGCCCGCGCUGCCAGGCGAGCCGGCGGCCAGCCCGGACGCGCCGCAGCCGGGCAGCAAGCCGUCCACGCCCGUGUCGCCCAGCCCGGCCGGGUUCGCCGGCGGUCUGCCGGCGCUGCCCGGCCUGCCGGCGCUGCCCGGCUUGCCCGGCGCGGCCGGCCUCGGCCAGGUGGCGCAGAUCGGCCCCAUGGCGCCCUACAUGCUGCCCGGCAUGAUGGGCCCGAUGGGCGCGCUCGGCCCGAUGUCGGGCAUGCCGCUGGGCAUGACGCACACCGCCGGCCGGCCCCUCUUCCCGUCGGCGCAGGGCUCGUCGCCGACGCCGCUGAGCAGCACCGCCGCGUCGCGCUCCACCUUCCCGGCGUACAGCCAGGCGGGCGCCGCUUCGUCCAAGGCGGGUGGCGCCACCACGUCCAGCUCGUCAGGCGGCGCGCGUCCGGCGCUGAUCCAGCAGGCGGCCGGCGCCACUAGCCGCAUUGUGCACCCGGACGAGGAUAUUUCGCUGGAGGAGAGCCGACUGCGGCUGCCGCGCUACCAGCGGUACCGACCGCGACCGGCAGCCUCGCCAGGCGUGGCAGCCGCCGCUGCCGCCGCUGCCGCCGCCGCGGCCGCAAACGCCGCCAACGCCGCCGCCGCCGCCAACGCCACCGCCCGCCCUGGCCGCCGAGCGUUCGCGUCCGCCCGCCCGUCCGCCCGCCACGACCACAUCGUCCAGCGUUAA